ACACACAGGUGGAACUAAUUAGACAAAACCAACAGACAAACGAAAAAGGGAUCGGUAGUGGCUAGUAGGACGGUGACGACGACCGCCGAGCACCGCCCGAACAGGCAGGGGAGCCAACUUCGGCGGAAGUCGUGACACAGAGUCCUUCGGGUGUCUUUUGGCAAACUACAAGCAGGCUGUGAUGUGUCUUUUACGAGGAGUGGCAUCCAUCUGGCCACUCUACCAUAAAGCCCUGAUUGGUGAUGUGCUGCAGAGAGAAUCCAUCUUGAAGGUUCUACCAUCUCCACAGAGGAACUCAGACAGAGCUGCCUUAGUAAUGGCCUCCCCUUCACCCCACGACCGGAGUCGUCGCCCCAGCGAGGACCAGGAUGAGGAGGACCCAGUGGACCAGAUGAUCAGCAGGACAGGAUGUGGGGAGCUGCACUACGCCGUACAGGAGUGCAUGGCUGAGCACCAGGACUGGAGGAAGUGUCAGAGUCAGGUCCAGACCUUUAAAGACUGUAUGAUGACCUUCCAGAAGGCCCGGAAGGAACAGCUGAUGAAGCAGAGGCCGUCUACAGAGUCGGCCUAGAAGAGCAUCGGGUGGUUUGGGUGUUUUCGUAUCUGGACUGAUAACUGAGAUAUCAACGUUUUAGUUUUGCCGCUGACAUUAUAAUUGGUUAACGUGUCUAAAACAGUCCUUCCCAAAUGGUGGAUCGCAACUGAGAUUUUCUGGGCCACAGCCCAAGACUGGGUCCGUGCUGACUGGGUCCGUGCUGACUGGGUCCGUGCUGACUGGGUCCGUGCUGACUGGGUCCGUGCUGACUGGGUCCGUGCUGACUGGGUCCGUGCUGACUGGGUCCGUGCUGACUGGGUCCGUGCUGACUGGUGGUUCAUUACACAUAAAGCUGUAGGUCUCAACUCAUCAAAUUGUGGGAAAAGACAACGUUAAAACACCGUCACACUGCUUAGAGCACAGACUGUUUGUCACAGUAUUUGUUAUGACCGCAGAACCUUUUCUCAGACUGUUUUCCCUCUGGGCUUUCCUGAUGCGUCAAGAUUAAUAACUGACGAUUCUCUUCUCUAAAUCAAUCAUGUGGUUUCGGGCUGUGUGUGUGUGUGUUGAAAAGCUACAACAUUUCAUUCACAGCUUAUACUUGGUUAAAGGGUGGAUGGGUGUGUGCUUGCCCUAAGAGAGAGAGAGAGAGAGAGAGAUCAGUUCCUGUAGUGGCAGAGUUAACAGGCACAUUUGAAUGUGCUUGUAUUCAUUUUGACAUUAAAAGAAGUAUAUAUGUCCCCAUCA